UUCACGCUGAUUUGUUGGCAGUAUCGCUCCGUCGCUAAAAGUCCAUGAUCAUCGAAGAUAUCGGCGUUGUGGUAACUGUUUCGCUCAUUAUUAAAUCCCACGAAUGAUUGCUUCCGGUUUCAUUCUUUCAUCUAGGAGAAAAUUUUAUGCAAUUGAGUGCCGCCGCAUCAUCGACGACAAUGAUACUUCUGCAAUUGAGCUAUUCAGUUCUUGGCCGCGUUAGCGCAUUUAUGGACUAUCUAACAAUGUUCUCUGGUAAUGCAAGAUUCGGCCCACCGCAGACGCCUCAAGGAUGCAGACGAAGAGGAUCCAUCUUCGCGGCGCACAAACACAGGUUUCUCGAAAAAUCUUUGGCCGCCUUGAACAUCAUCACCCGAUUUUGUGCGCCAUUCUCGACAUUCCUGAACAUAUCCUGAUUGACACUCUACCAUCUAUUCGGGCAGCAAUCCCUUUCGUCGUCUUGAAUUCCUACUUCGCGCGAGCCCCCACUCAAUAAUACACGAAAUUUUACCUGUCACUUGAUCUGAUG